AUGAAAAAUACAGCAAGAAAGCAUUCAAUACAAAAGGAAGGAAAGCGAGCAAAAAGAGUGAGGUCAUCGCAUGCAUGUCUGGUAUGCAGGCAGCGGAAAGUGAAGUGCGAUGCGAUGGAAAGAUACCCCGAAAAAUGUACAAACUGUGUGCAGUUCAACAUUCCUCGGUGUGAGAUACUACAGCCCAGAAAAAGACAGAGCAAGAAACUCGAAAAGUUUCUAAGGGAGCAUGAUCUUUUUAUAGGUUCGAAGGUGAAGCAGGAGCGGCUGGAAGACGCGGGUUCUCCUGAGAGCGGAAAUAUUACAGAUGGCAAGUUUCAGCGGGAGGUAAAGGUGGAAAAUUCACCAAAUGAGCAAAAUUCCAACAUACUGCAAUCAAAGCCGGAAAUGGUGAUGGAGGAUCCACAGAAAUUCGUCCCAGAGGUGAGUGCCAUAGUGCUCAACCCGGAUACAGUGUUGAAAAAGGUGCUUGGGUCGGAUCCAACACCAGAAUAUGUCGGUUUGACCGGUCCGGCACCUAUAAUCGAACAGAUACUUCAGGAAUAUCUGGACGUGAGGCGUAAAACGAUGGGGCAGAGGCCGAGGCUUGAUGCCACGGAGUAUGAGCAGCUUGUGAGGCUAGGGUGCUUCACUUUGCCCCGGGAAGACCUCUGCCACAAAUACAUAGAGGUGUAUUUUAGAAUUCUCCACUGGCAGCAACCGGUGCUUGACAAACGCAAGUUUCUUCACGAUUACAAGAACCUCAGGGACCCGCCGAGCCUCCUUCUUUUGCAGGCCGUGCUCUUUGCAGGCUCGCGGUUUUACGAAGAGGAUGAUUGGAGCAAAGAGCAGAUUGCUCGCCAGGAUAGGAUCAGUUACGUGUUGCACAGAAGAGCCCAGUCGUUGUACUCGGCUCGUUUGGAGGCUUCUUCGCUUCCGAUGCUCCAGGCAUUGAUAAUUUUUGGCAACUACUGGGACUCGGACUUCAUCUCUGCGAAGAACAGCACGUUCUGCUACUUGAAAGUGGCAGUUUGUACGGCAUACUCGAUCGGCAUCCACAAGAACAAGAUGGUGAGGCGCAAUAGCAAGCUCUUGAAGCGCAUCUGGUGGGCCUUGUUCAUGAAGGACACGUUUUCGUCGUUUGCGUUUGGUCGGCCGUGGUCGAUCGACCUCAAUCAGUGCGACGUCGACCUGCUCACCGAGGACGACAUGCUCGAGGAAAGGAGCACCGGAAAAUCCGCCGUUAAUUCCGGCGGAAUCGACAUGAGCGGCACACCGGACUCUUCAUGGAGUGGCAGUAGUAACGAUGGUGAAUCUGCAACUGAAACCCAUGUUCAGUCGUUGUACUUUGUGCACAGAGUUCGACUUGCGUGCGUAACAAGGCAGGUAUCCGAUAUAAUGCAUGAGAUGCACAAGCAGGCUUUGGCAGGCCACUCUUCGGCUUCUCUGCUUGCAGAAUGCAACAAUUUGCUCACAGGGUGGCUCCAACAGCUUCCCAAGUGCCUCGAGUUCACGUUUGACGACAGCUGCGUCAACAACUUCUACGCUGCAUCUCUAGCACUAGAGUACUACUCGAUCGUCUUGAUCGUCUACAGGGGAAACAUCGUCUACAAGUCCAAAGGUGGUGUUCUUGACACGGGCAGAUACGAUCUGGAACACUAUCCAUCAUGGAGUAUAACUUUCAAGGCGGCGCAUCUCAUCACUUACCUUGGCCAGUACUUGGAGAAGCAGCAUUACUUGCAAAUAUACCACUGCUUUGUCGUGUACAGCAUGGUUACCGCCGGAAUUAUGAUGAUCUGCCACCUGUACAACGAGGAUAACAGCGUUUCCCAGGUUGCCGACACCGACAUCCGGAUUUGCCUCGAUGUCAUGAAGGCAUCUUCGUCCAAAUGGCCGAUUUCCAGACUUGGCACUUUCUAUCUUGACGCCAUAUACCACAACAAGCGCUUGCAGUGCACUGUGAUCCGAGAUAUCCUCGAGGCUGCCAACAAGAGCACCUUUGUUGGCAAAGUGGAGCCUCAUCUUGUCAUGUUGGACAGCUCUGUCAAGAAUUUCAACGCCGCAGGAAACCUUGCUGCGAACGUUAGUGCACAGAGAUCCACUUCAUAUACUUCAUCUUCUGCAACAACGCACAGCCCUUCCCCGCAACAGGAAAACGGCAAUCAGAAGUAUUUGGCUUCAAGAGCUUCAACUCCUGGUGAGGAAAUGCACCAGAAAAUGGCCAAUACUUCUGCAAAAUCAAUCAUGUAUGAGGAUGGGGGUCCGUCUGCCUCGGAAAUUCUAAUGCCAACAAUUCCUCAAAGGCCAACCGCCCGUGGAUGGGAUAGUGGCAAGGAUGAAAGAAGAGCUUCCGACUACAGCUCGCUUGGAAAGCUUGCUGAGGCUGCAUCUGCCAUGAGUGCAAAUACAAAUAUGAGCACAGAGCUAAUUCCACAGAAGCAGGCAGAAAUUCGGCAGAAUACAAACGGUAACGGCAACAAUUCCGGGAGCCAGAACUCACUAUUCUCGGCGAUGAACUUUCCUGGUGUACGGAAUACAUUCCCGGAGGUGGUUAAGGACAAUUGGCGGCCGAAGUUUGACACUUCGUCGUUUCCAACUGACACAUUCAACUUUGACAACUCCAGCAACAUGAUUGACGAUUUCUUUGAUUACUUAGGAGGAACCAACAUCGGCCUGCUCGGAUAG